CAUCUCUCGAUAUUCCUCGUUCUUACUUGCCAAUCUCGGCCAAAUAUGAAUAUCGGUUAUCAAAGCGUCGAUUCGCACGUGGCAUGUAUGCAUUGAUAACCCCCCUAGCCACGGAACUAUCUGGUAGAAUAGUGAAAAUAAGUGUCUAAACAUGGAUGAUGGUACCACCCCUGGUUCGGGGUCGACCCAUCUCACUUGGGCGAACGUUGGAUUGGCCUUCUCGUUCAUUCUCUUCGACACUGUUAUAUCGCACACAUUUGGGCUAGGAGUCGGCAGCUCGCUCCUAACAGCGGCAUUGCGAUGCGUGUUCCAACUCAGUCUCGUGGCUUUGGUGCUGCAAAAAGUCUUCGAAGCUAAUAAUCUUUGGGCUGUUGCUGGAAUUGCCUUCUUACUAAAUCUAAUGGGCACCACAGAGACAGUGGUUAACAAAUCCAAGAAAAGAUAUAUGCAUAUGUUCCCCUCGGUACUUUUUGGGAUGCUGGGCUCGACCAUCCCGGUGUCCAUCAUCGGCAUACGGUUUGCAAUGUCCGUUGAACCAUUCUGGAAACCAGAACAAUACAUUCCUGUAGUGGGUAUGCUCUGCGGAAGCACGAUAUCUGGAAUCGUGGUCUCCGUUUCUUAUGUGCUGAAAGAACUCUACGACAAUAGAGACAAGGUAGAAAUGUAUCUUGCCUUUGGUGCGUCUCGUUUCGAGGCAUCCAAACCUAUCGCAAAAGAAGCACUUCGUUUCGCACUUACACCGAACAUUAAUCAAAUGAGUGUCAUUGGGAUCAUCGCUAUUCCUGGUAUGAUGACAGGUGCUAUCCUCGGAGGAUCCUCAGUUGAACAGGCAGCACGCCUCCAAAUGGUCAUCAUGUUCAUGAUAUCCUCAUGUACGGCCCUUUCGUCUUUCGUAACUACCGUCCUUGCACUCGGGGUUGUGGUCGACUCGGAACAUCGUGUAAGGAUCGAUAGGAUAGACAGCCGUGAACAUGCUGUUUGGAGGGCGAGGAAUUGGGUCGUUAGCAAGAUUGUUGAGGGAGCCAAGAGUGCCGGAAGGAAAGCCGCAGGCAUGCUAAGGUUCGGAAGAAAAGCGGAGGAAGGACAAGACGGCGAGCAAGAACGUUUGUUAGGAUAAGAGAAUGGCAUAAUCGAGAUCGGCCAAGGGUAAAGGGUACAAUAUUGCAUAGACAAGGGAUACAGGUAUGAGAUCGAGUAGUAUACAUUGCAUCUGAGUGUUAAAGUUAGAAAAAAAGGGCACACUGAACAUGAGUUGCACGAUAAAUACCAUGAAUCGUCAACACGUUCAUCAUCGUUCGAACGUGAGCACAACGUAGGGCGUGGGACAAGUGCGGGAGGGGUACUGGAGGGCUUCACCAUCUGAAGGUAUUACGGGGGCAGACAGGCGGGCGGACUCGAGGUACGUUUAUAACGAAGUGGCCAUCUCUUAGGGAAGUGCGGAUAGUGCCUAUGUCCACAUCGCCAGGCGCAAACAGGAUUUCCCAUUCGAAGUGAGCUAUACCAUGUAACAAUGGAAGAUCAGAGAAAUGUAUGAAUGAAAUGACUGAAUUACUUACCGUCCUCUUCCUUGUGCCAUAUAUCGGCGACAACUUCCACUCUGUCUCCCUUCUUGCUGCUUACAGUGAUCAUUUCUUUCUUGAUAUCCUCCGG